GUGCCAAGCCCCUACGAGAUCGUGAAGCUUCUGUGCACCGUGUCGUCUGCGGCGCAGGUGGCCGCCAAGAGCACCCGCGACGUCUGCGACGCUAUGGGCGCUCGGGUCCCUUGGGUCGUGGAAGUGUUCGACCCAGACUGCCCCACCGUCCUCGAGGCCGCCUGGGACGAGGUCGUGACCAAGUGCCCCCAGGGCCGGGAGACGGUCCCCAGCCUCGAG